CUCUCCCAACAUGGCGGCUUCAGCUAAAAAGAAGAAUAAGAAGGGGAAGACCCUCACCUUGACAGACUUCCUUGCUGAGGAUGGUGGCACCGGUGGUGGAGGAAGCACCUUUGUGUCCAAACCAGUCAGCUGGGCUGAUGAAACUGAUGACCUGGAAGGAGAUGUUUCCACCAUUUGGCAUAGUAAUGAUGACGACAUGUACAGGGCACCUCCAAUUGACCGUUCCAUCCUGCCCACUGCUCCUCGGGCUGCUCGGGAACCCAAUAUUGACCGGAGCCGUCUUCCCAAGUCGCCAUCCUACACUGCUUUUCUAGGGAACCUGCCCUAUGAUGUGACAGAGGAUUCCAUCAAGGAGUUCUUUAGAGGAUUGAAUAUCAGUGCAGUACGUUUGCCACGGGAACCCAGCAAUCCAGAAAGGUUGAAAGGUUUUGGUUAUGCUGAGUUUGAGGACCUGGACUCACUGCUCAGCGCUUUGAGCCUGAAUGAAGAGUCUAUAGGCAACAGAAGAAUACGAGUGGAUGUUGCUGAUCAAGCACAGGAUAAAGACCGAGAUGAUCGUUCCUUUGGCCGUGAUGGGCAUCGAAAUCGGGAUUCUGACAAAACCGACACAGACUGGAGGACUCGCCCUGCUACAGACAGCUUUGAUGACUACCCUCCUCGAAGGGGUGAUGAUAGCUUUGGAGACAAGUAUCGUGAUCGUUAUGAUUCAGACCGGUACCGUGAUGGUCCACGACGGGACAUGGACCGAUAUGGAGGCCGAGAUCGAUAUGAUGACAGGGGCAGCAGAGACUAUGAUAGAGGCUUUGAUUCUAGGAUAGGCAGUGGCAGAAGAGCAUUUGGUAGUGGGUACCGUCGGGAUGAUGAUUACAGAGGUGGAGGAGAUCGCUACGAAGACAGAUAUGAUAGACGAGAUGAUCGGUCAUGGAAUUCAAGAGAUGAUUACAGCCGGGAUGAUUUUAGGCGUGAAGACAGAGGUCCCCCUCAGAGACCCAAACUGAAUCUGAAGCCCCGCAGUGCACCCAAGGACGAAGAUUCAUCAGCUAGCACUUCACAGUCUAGCCGAGCUGCCUCCAUCUUUGGCGGAGUAAAGCCAGUGGAUACAGCUGCGAGGGAACGAGAAGUAGAAGAAUGGCUACAAAAGGAACAAGAGAAACUGCAGCGUCAGUUGGAGGAGCCGAAACUUGAAAGACGGCCCCGGGAGAGACACCCAAGUUGGCUAAGUGAGGAAACUCAGGAACGGUCAAGGACAGGAAGUGAAUCUUCACAGACUGGGAAUACAGAUCCAUCUGGCAGAAACACACGAAGGAGGGAGAGUGAGAAAUCCCUAGAAAACGAAACAUUCAACAAGGAAGACGACUCUCGGUCUCCAACUUCCAAGCCUUCUAAAUCAGAUCAGCUUCCCUUAAAGGUGAUGCCUGCACCCCCACCAAAGGAAAAUGCCUGGGUGAAGCGAAGCUCCAAUCCUCCUGCCCGAUCUCAGAGCUCGGACUCUUCAGAGCAACAGUCUCCCACAAGUGGUGGAGGAGAGGUAACAUCCCAGCAGUCUGAGGAAGGACCAGCUAAUAUUUCAAGGAAAGCAGAUGAAAAUAAGGUAGAUGGGAUGAGUGUGCUGAAAGGCCAAAGUGGGAACUCCAACCGUGGUCCAGUGGAUGGAGGAAGUAAAGACCAUUGGAAGGAGCCUGAUAGGAAAGAUGGCAGAAGAGAUCGAGACUCAAGACCUGCAUCUGAGCCAAAGAAACCUGAAGAAAAUCCGGCCUCUAAAUUCAGUUCUGCAAGCAAGUAUGCUGCUCUCUCUGUGGAUGGGGAGGAUGAGAACGAGGGUGAAGACUACAACGAAUAAACCUCCACGUCUUGUGCUUUCUCCCCAUCUCUCGCCAACCUGCAACAAUCGAGAGCAAAUCAAACCUCUAUCCAGACAAGACAAAAUAAAACUCACCAUCUCCUGGA